AUAGCAAAAUAUAUAAAGCCUUGCACCAAAAAAUAUAUAUAUAUACAUAUAUAUAGAGCCUAGCCUAGAGAGAGAGAGAGAUGUCUGUGAACACAAAUGGUUCAGAAUCUUCUGAUGUUAUUCCUCUGCUAGACUACUGUGGUGGUGGUGGUGAACAUGAACAUGGUGGAAGAGACGGUGGUGAUAGGUGGUGGAACAAGGUGUUGGAUAUGGAAGAAGCCAAAAAACAGGUGUUGUUUUCGAUGCCGAUGAUAAUUACCAACGUUUCUUACUACUUAAUACCUGUGGUGGCUGUCAUGUUCGCCGGCCACCUCGGAGAUCUCGAGCUCGCCUCCUCUAACCUCGCCAAUUCUUGGGCCACCGUCACUGGCUUUGCUUUCAUGACAGGCCUAAGUGGUGCACUUGAAACACUAUGUGGGCAAGGCUAUGGCGCAAAACUGUACAGAAUGUUAGGCAUAUACCUCCAAGCUUCUUGCAUCAUAUCACUCUUCUUCUCCAUCAUUGUCUCAAUCUUAUGGCUAUAUUCAAAACCCAUUCUGAUCUUACUCCACCAAGAACCUCAAAUAUCAGAGUCUUCUGCUCUCUACAUCAAGUUUCUAAUCCCGGGCCUAUUCGCCUACGGCUUUCUUCAGAACAUCUUGAGGUUUUUGCAGACACAGAGUGUCGUUGCGCCUCUGGUUGUCUGCUCUGUGCUCCCACUGAUCAUCCACAUUGGCAUCACUUAUCUGUUGGUUCAUAAGACUGGUCUUGGCUUCAAGGGAGCUGCAAUGGCAGUUUCUGUGUCGUUGUGGAUUGCUGUUGUGAUGUUGGCAGGGUACGUGCUUUGGGCGAAGAAAUUUAAGGAUACGUGGAACGGGUUUUUGUUGGAGUCGUUUCAUCAUGUUUUGUCUAACUUGAAAUUGGCUCUGCCUUCUGCGGCAAUGGUGUGCUUGGAAUAUUGGGCUUUUGAGCUGCUGGUACUAUUAGCUGGAUUGAUGCCAAAUUCAGAAAUAACCACUUCAUUGAUUGCAAUGUGUGUAAAUACAGAAGCUAUAGCCUACAUGAUUACUUACGGACUCAGCGCUGCUGCAAGCACAAGGGUGUCAAAUGAGUUGGGAGCAGGCAAUCCAGACCGAGCCAAGCUUGCCAUGGGGGUCACCCUCAAGCUCUCUAUAUUUCUUGCUCUUACUGUAGUUCUGGCUCUAACCUUUGGGCAUAAUAUCUGGGCUGGCUUCUUCAGUGAUAGCUCAACAAUUAUACAAAAAUUUGCUUCGUUGACCCCUUUUCUUGUAGUUUCUAUCAUAUUUGAUUCAUUCCAAGGGGUCCUAUCAGGGGUGGCCAGGGGAUGUGGUUGGCAGCACUUGGCAGUGUAUAUUAACUUGGGAACAUUCUACUGCAUUGGCAUGCCCAUUGCCAUUCUUCUUGCGUUUAAAUUCAAACUAUAUGCUCAGGGGUUGUGGUUGGGCUUAAUCUGUGGUCUGUCAUGCCAAGCUGGCACUCUAUUGUUGCUUACAAAGUUCUCUAAAUGGGCUAAGAUGGAGCUUUCUGAAAACAGCCAUGAGGAGAGCCCUGUUCUUGUUUAAUAACCAUAACCAUAACCAUAACCAUACAUUCCUCGCAUAUUCUUCUUGAGGAUCAAAAUAGAGAAAUAAUCAAAUCUUGAUCAGCAAUCUUCAAACUUAACUCAAUUAUUUUUGUCAUGUAAUCAAACAUAUAUAUAUGGUUGUAACUGUAACUUAUUAUUCACUAUCCUCCAUACAAUUUUGGGUAUUUAUAAGAAUAAAACAAAAUAAAUUAGUGGAAUUGUGUAAUUCCCCUAAUGAAUAGCAGUUCCAAGUGACA